AUGGAUUUUCACAACUUGUUGCUGUUCACUUUAUCAGUUUCCCUAUUGCGGUGGUGUGCGACGCAACCCUUUAACUCUACAUCCGCAGAUAUUGGCUAUGAUGGUCGCAUUGUUGGCGGUGAAGUGACUUCCAUAUUGUCGUAUCCCUUUCAAGUGUCCGUACAACAUGAUAGCUCACACAUUUGUGGUGGUUCCAUAUUGGCGGUAAAUAUCAUCCUCACAGCCGCCCAUUGUAUUGAAUAUCCCGAAGAUGUCAAAGGUUAUCGUAUACGUGCCGGCUCCAAUUCCCAUUCUCGUGGUGGCCAAUUACUGACCGUUCGUCAAAUUAUAAUCCAUGAAGCCUACAACUUGAAUGAGCUGAACUGUGAUGUGGCCUUGAUUCGAUUAAACGAACGGCUAACCUUUUCAUCACGCAUCAGGGCCAUCGACCUACCUCAGCUGGGUAGUACAGUACCCAAGAAUGUUGAUCUCUUUGUAAGCGGUUGGGGUUUGACAAGUGAAACGGGUUUGAUUGCACCACUGCUGCAGCAUGUUGCCGUCCGCCUCAUGGAUCAAAGGGUGUGCGAAGAAAAUUAUCUUUAUAUUGCCAACAUAACACCAGAAAUGUUUUGUGCUGGUCUACCCGAGGGUGGCAAAGAUAGUUGUCAAGGUGAUUCAGGCGGGCCAUUAGUGAGCUAUGUUAAUGAAAAAACGGCCAGUAGCAGGCCAGAGCUGGCCAUCAUACGACCCAUACAAUAUGGUAUUGUAUCGUUCGGUGUGGGUUGUGCCCAACCCGGAUAUCCAGGUGUUUAUGUCAAUGUGGCCGCUCUAAGGCCGUGGAUAGACCGCAAGAUAAAGGAACUGACAAAAUUGAGUUAG